AUGGUCUCAUUCCGCAACUUCUUCACCGCCGCCUUGGCCUUCUCCGUGCCCAUCUCCGCUGCAAUCACGCCUGCUGAGGUUGUCACCAACAUUAAAUCUAUUACGACGAAGAGCAUGGCGCUUCAGGCGCCGGCCAAAAGCGUCACCAUUAUCAGUGGACAACUGCUCCUCGUCGGUCAGGGACCAUUCCCCGAGAUCAUUAGGGGCUUCGCAGACAUUGUAACUACCGCCACCACCGCCAUCGCUCAGAUGCAGGGCAUGCCCAAAGAGCCCGCAGGCGCUUCUACUGAUGCCGUCUUCGAAGCCUUCCGCGAAGUGAGUACCAUCUGUUCCACAGAUAUUCAUGUUGCUUACGACGAGAAACAGUUUGUCCGAGUUCAUCAAGCGCUGCUCAACAUCCUCAUUGGCAAGGCCGGUUUGUUCAGUACUGUCCCUUUCGUCGGUGCGCCCGUUGCGGCUGUACUCAGGCAGAUCGAGAAGGUCGUUGAUACGAUUGCCUUCAUGUUGAUUGAUACCUUCGAGGCCCGCGCCGCAGACUUCAAGGAUGAAGCAGGUGCCCUUUCCGGAACUCUUACUGUUUGCAUCAACCAGUACCAAGGCAUUACCACCGGUAUCACCAAGAGGAACCUCAGGUUCGCGCGCCGCGAGAUGGUUGCUGCUGCUUAG